AUGACACGCAAAGAUCUCAAUGGCGAGGCUAAAGGCCUACGCAUUCUCAUCGUUGGUGCCGGAAUCGGUGGUCUGGUUGCUGCCAUUGCUCUAAGACAAGCAGGGCACUGCGUUGAGAUAUUUGAGCGCUCACGAUUUGCAAACGAAGUUGGAGCUGCGAUCCAUUUAUCACCUAAUGCAAAUGGAGUCUUGCGGAAGCUGGGAAUUGAUGCCGUGGAGUUCGGGGCUGUUGAAGCUGAACAGCUGCGGGAGUACACACCUGCUGGCGAGGAGGUGCAUAUCAUGUCCAUCAAGGAAACUGCCGGAAUUUGGAGACAUCGUUGGCUCCUUGUUCACAGGGCUCAUUUCCAUGAUGGUCUCAAAGCAGCUGCACAGGCACCUGGGAAGGGCCAACCCGCUGUUCUGCACACUGCCAGCAAGGUAGUAGAUGUAGAUACACACACCGCAACAGUCACUCUCGAGAAUGGCGAUGUUAUCGAAGGCGAUGUACUUCUUGGUGCCGAUGGUGUGCACUCUAUGACGCGUACCAAGAUAUCCAAAGAUAUUAAACCCUUCAGCUCCGGCAAGAACGCCUUCCGUUUCCUCAUCUCCCGACAACAGGCACUAGACGACCCCGAAACUGCUAGCAUCGCCCAGGAUAUGGGCGCAGUCGAUAUGUGGGACUCAGAGGAGCGUCGUGUUGUGAUAUACCCGUGUGCCAAUAACAAGCUCCUCAACUUCAUCUGCCUUCAUCCAGAGACAGAUACCCCAAGUGCCAUCAACCCUGGUGGUGACUCCUACAACCAGCAAAUUGGAAAGGAUGCUCUACUUGAUGUGUAUCAGCACUUCAAUCCUCAAGUCAAAAAGUUGCUUGAAAAGGCAGAUCCACAAACACUCAAACUCUGGCCGUUGUUGGAUAUGGAUGCACUCCCAACUUGGGUCGAUGACCGUUUGGCUCUUCUGGGCGAUGCAGCUCAUCCUUUCUUACCAUACCGUGCUUCCGGUGGCGCGAUGGCCAUCGAAGAUGCUGUCUCGCUUGCUGUCAUGUUACCUGGUGAUAUCUCAAGAGAUGAAGUGCCAGAGCGUCUGAAAAUCUACGAGAAAGCUCGUCAUGAGCGUGCCACGACCAUACAGCAGAUGACUCGCGAUUCAACCAAGCUUCAAUCACCUCAAUCAGCCUGGGGCAUGAUCGCCUAUAUCUACGGUCACGAUGAAUUCGACCACUCCGCUCAAGUCCUGCGCAAACACCUCUGGUCACAAAACCCUGAAGUGUAUUGGCGCCAGCCAAUUGUCUUCGGACCUAUGCCCGGUCCCCGUCAGGACUGGAUGGGUCGUGACCGUGCUCUGAAAUCAACCCAAUCAACCUUCACAACGGCAUCAAUCAAGUUCAAAACAAGUCGGACGCUUCUGCAAAACCUCUUCCCAUCGGACCGGUAUAGUUUCAUCGCGCCUGGUACAGUCGCACGUGCCAGCUUUUCCCAGACUACACUCGGUGGUAUGAAUUGGUUGGGAGGUGGUGGAUAUCGCCACAUCGGACUUUACAUCCACGGCGUGCAAUACAAGAAGGAAAAUGGUGAGGUGCUGAAGGGGACAUAUAUGCCUAUAUUGUUUGAGAAUCUUGCCGACCCCAUUGUGUCAGGCCGUGAGGAGCUGGGGAUGCCGAAGCUGUAUACUGCUAUUGACAUCCAUCAGCGGAAUAACUCGUAUCGCAUGCAGACCAGCUGGCAAGGUGCUGUGUGGGGACAUUUCGAAUUGGAAGAUCUGAUCGAUGAGGACCCUGCUGUGGAUGCAGGAACAAUCGGCGGUGAAGCAGAUGACGGCAUCUUGGUUUAUCGGUAUAUACCCAAGGUUGGGAAAGACACCAAGGGACAGGCUGAGGCUGAGUAUCCCAUCUUUGUCCCGCAUGCUGCCGAGUCCAAGGUCGUUCCUUCAAAGGUGACGCGGCUGCAACGCACCUCCAAGGCCAAGAUGGAGAUCCACGGCCUUGACUGGGAUGCUCUGCCUACGCUCCAUCAUGUUGUUUCUCGAUUGGGCGAGAUUCCCAUCGAUGAAAUCAUUGACGCCAAGGUUGUCAGUGGAGUCGGCGUCCCCGAUGUCUCCUCGGCCCUGCGGAUUGAAUAG